AUGAUACGUUGUAUCGAACUUCCUUAUCGGAGUAUUUUAACGGAACGAAUUGCACCUGGUCAGACUUUGAUUGUAAAAGGGAGGACAUUGGAUGAUGCAAAAGGAUUUAGUUUGGGUCUCUCCCGAAACAGUCCAGAUUUCAAUGGUGGAGAUAUUCCAUUGCAUAUUAAUAUACGUUUUAGCAGUGGAAAGAUGAUAUUUAAUACUUUCUCGAAUGGUACUUGGGGCAAAGAAGAGAAACAAAAGUUGCCGUUUAAAAAAGGACAUAAAUUUGAUAUAAGAAUUCGAGCACAUGAAAGCAAAUUUGUUGUUUAUUGCGAUGGUAAAGAAGUGAAAGAAUUUGAUUAUCGUGUACCACUACAAUGGGCAACAUAUCUGACCAUUGAUGGAGAUGCUCUCGUUGACCACGUACAAUGGGGAGGCAAAUAUUAUCCGGUUCCGUAUGAGUCCGGUAUAGUGGACGGUGGCCUAUUGCCUGGUAGAUCGUUAAAUAUUACUGGAAUUCCUGAAAAACGUGGCAAACGAUUUAACAUCAAUUUGCUUAAAUCAAAUGGUGACAUAGCUGGUGCUUGGGGCAAAGAAGAACGGGAAGGUAAGAUUCCAUUUCAGAAGGAUAAAAUGUUUGACUUGCAAUUACACAAUGAAGAUUACGCAUUACAAAUAUUUGUGAACGGUGAACGAUUUACAACAUUUGCUCAUCGCUCAAAUUCGAACGAUAUAGUUGGAGUGCAAAUUCAAGGAGAUGUAGAAAUUAAUGGCAUUCAAAUACUCUAA